AAAAAAUGGUAACUUUUACAAGAAGUUGCAUUUGAACUGAAAUAUUUGCUUGAACUUCAUAUUUUGGUUGAGCUGAGGUUUCAUAUUUAGUUAACACAGCAAAAAUAAACACUUAAGACUCUGGAAAUCGAAUUGAAUCUUUAGUUAAUCGUUUAUUUUAUUUAGUAUUCGAUUUAAAUAAUAGAACUUUGACAAUGGAUGAAGUUCGAGCGUUUUUUAAUACCCCAUCACAAAGGAUUAAACUUAAAGGGCCUCUUACUGGAGGAGUUCGAAUCCUUAAAGAAGAUAAUGAGCCCGAGUGCUUUGGCAGGAAGAUGGAACAUCGCCAUUCAACGUUGUCUGAUUUCGGCACCGAUUAUGCCCGCGAAGUCAAGAAACGGGAAACCGACCUUUAUUUGCGGAAUGAACUGAAUCGUGAAAAAGCUGCCAGUGCAAGUGUGGCUGGAGGUCUAGAAUCUAUGGAGCACCUGUCUUUUGGAGUUUCGGUUCCCAACAUCGACGAGCUGAAUGAUGAAGCCAUGACAGAAGUUUACAACAAGUAUUCCUUCCAAAUGAAAGAGGAUACUAAUAAUUUGGCUAUCAAUGCUUACAAGCAGCAGAUCCUGGAUCGUAUCCACGGUUUUCCCGUGGUCAUAGUGGAAGGUCCAACUGGAUGUGGUAAAACCACCCAGGUUCCUCAAUGGAUCCUUGAUGACUGUUACCAGGCACGACGUCAAUGUAGAAUAGUUGUUACCCAACCAAGAAGGAUUGCAGCCAUAUCUAUUGCAAAACGAGUUGCACAGGAAAGAGGUUGGGAUGUUGGCGGUAUUGUUGGUUAUCAGGUCGGAUUGGAUUCUCGUACUUCAAGCGACACCCGAAUUUCUUACGUCACAACUGGCAUAUUGUUGCAAAAGCUAGUUGCUGCAAAAACAAUGAACGAAUACACACACGUGAUCCUAGAUGAAGUUCACGAAAGAGGUCAAGAGAUGGAUUUCCUUUUAAUGCUCGUGAAGAGAUUGUUGUACACAGUGUCGCCGGGGGUCAAAGUAGUGUUAAUGUCAGCCACGUUUAACAAGCAGGCCUUCGCAGACUACUUCAUGAUACCAACCCCAAGAGGCCUGCAGAUGUCGUCCUGCAUCAAAGUCGAGAAACAAGAACAAAUGUUCACUGUUAAAGAGUUCUAUUUGAAUCAUUUAACGAAAUUUGGUUCUAUUCUUCAUCAAUCCAUGCCAAAAAGUGAUGAGCCAACCAUAGCUCCGGAGAUGCACCAUCUUGUUCUGAAGCUUUUGAACGCAUUCGAGCGUAUAGACAAGCAGGAGGACCAAAUAACAGAUCGUGAUGAUGCAGAGCUUCCAUCAGUUCUCAUCUUUCUGCCUGGUAUCCAUGAGAUUGAGGACCUAUACGCUUGUCUCACGGACCUUAAUUUACGAGAGCAAAUUUGCGAUAGAGAGUGUCGUUCGUACAAAUGGUACGUUCUUCCUCUACAUUCGACCAUCACGUCGGAGGAGCAAGCUCGCGUGUUCCAACGAGUACAGAAAGGGCACAGAAAGGUCAUACUCGCCACUAACAUCGCUGAGAGCUCCAUCACUGUACCUGAUAUUAAAUAUGUGAUAGACUACUGCCUAAUGAAAGUGAUGGUGGCUGACCCGGAGACAAGUUUCACGUCACUUCGCCUCGCUUGGGCGUCCAAGACCAACUGCGAGCAACGUUCUGGCCGAGCCGGUCGAGUGCGUGACGGCCGUGUUUACCGACUUGUCACAGACAAGUUCUACGAAGGAUUAAAACAAGAAUGCACGCCUGAAAUAAUCCGAUGUCCCUUAGAGAGAUUGGUGCUAUUAGCCAAAUUAAUGGACAUGGGGCCACCGAGCGAUGUGCUAGCUUUAGCCAUGGACCCUCCAGACAUCAGUAACAUACAGCGCACCAUACUUUCACUUAAAGAGAUAGGAGCAAUGAAGAAAACAGUGGACGACGAAUGGUGCGCCACGGACGGUGAGCUGACGUACUUGGGUCGCGUGGCGGCCAGGCUACCGGUCGACGUCAAGUUGUCCAAGCUCAUCAUGUUGGGCUUCAUCUACGGCUGUCUAGAAGAGGCUGUUACAAUGGCUGCAGCGAUGUCGGUGAAGAAUCUGUUCAGUAGUCCGUUCCGUGAGAGACUGAACGCUUACAACUCCAAGCUGACCUGGGCUGACGGCUCCACUAGCGAUUGUAUCGCGUUCCUUAACGUUUAUAAGGUAUGGAGCCACCUUCGCCAACAACAAUACUUCAGGUCGGCCGGCCAGUCGGAGGUUGCGUGGGCUCGGCGUUUCUACGUACAAGCCCGGGCUCUACGCGAGCUCGACGAGUUAGCGAAAGACUUAAGAAAGCGACUCACUACGCUAGGCAUCGACCCACCCAACGGCAAGUCGCCAUGGAAUAAACAUGAACUUUCUCUACUCUAUAAGGUGAUAAUAGCUGGCGCGUUUUACCCGCAGUACUUUGUACAAGUGUCGGAGGACGAGGGCCGGGAACGUGACGCAGUGCGCACGCUCGGCGGCAAUGAUCCUAGGAAUACGGUGUAUUUGAAGAACUUCCCGGAUGACCAACCAGGUGAAGUGUACGCGGGUGCUAUCAAGAAGGCAGUUUUGAAGCAUAUUUCUGAAGAGCCGAGAGUUACCUUCGAUACUACUAGCAAGAAGGUGUAUUUGACGUUCAGCGAUGGAUCCGAUGCUAAACCUGGCAAACAAAAUAGCGGAGAUCCCACAAUUCCUGGGCAAGUGGUCCUACCAGUGUACAAAGCUGUGAAAGCCAGACAGCUACGGAUCGACGUCAGGAUACCGUUACUGCCGAGGGAGAAGGCAGAAACAUUGGCCGCAGCGCAUGCGCUGGACAAGAUGGCGUUAGAUUUGGAACGUCUGGUACCCCGCCUCCCCGAAGUCGACGAUACACAUUUCCCAUUGAAAAUUACUCAAAUGACGAGUAUCAACAAGUUCUAUGUGCAAUACGCGGACGAGAGUACGGCGCGUGAAUUGCACGCUAUCCAGUCUGCGCUGAACCAGUCGACGUUACUGGCCCACACGGCGCCUGUUAACGCCGGGGACAUACUGGCGGCUCCGUACACUGAAUCUGGGUCCACGCAGAUAUGUCGCGUUAGAGUCAUGGCUCUGCUGCCCAGGGAAAUGGUUGAGGUUCUGUACAUAGACUACGGCAGUGAAGGUCGGGUACACUCAUGCAACCUGCGCGGAGUCCCCCCCGCAGCCCGGGUGGCGCCCCCGCUGGCCAUGCGGUGCCGGCUGGCGGGGCUGGCCCCUAGCCCACUGCUGGACUCGCACGGCCACUACACACCCGCCGCCACACAACGCUUCGUACUACUCGCAUCACGAGGCAGAUUGCUGGCCAAGGUCUAUUCCGUAGUACAUGGAGUAGUGAAUAUUGAGCUACUGGCGGAAGGCGGGCGGCUCAACGUUAACAAUGAGCUCAUCAGACAAGGUUUCGCUGUUUCCUGCGAUGAGAGUUACGACUCUAAGUUAAACCACGACAUUCGAGAGACGGCAGUAGACAUGAACAUGGUACAAAAGCGCGCCCACAACAGGGAACAGUUAGAGAUGGCUUACUACCAACUGAACGAGAUCGAACCGCCCAGCACUAAGGAAUGCGACUCCGAUGUAUGUCUUAAGGGACCUUACAGCCCAUUGGAGACGACAGUCCACAAUCUGAUGUUUGCCAGUCGUGACUUACCCGUGACUAUAGAGUGGAACUCAGUCAACUCCGUCCUUUUGGAUACUGACCCACAGGAGAGAUAUGAAAGACUGCUAGUAGCAGGCGACGUGGGCAGCAACGAGCAGAGGUCCCGGCUGACCCUGCGCCACACCACGCUGAUGCCCAACAUACCCGGCCUGCCCGCCAUCAUCGCGCUACUCUUCUGUCCCGUUGCGGAGCUCCGCCGCAACGCGCUGGGCACGCGGUACGUGUGCGCUCUGUGCGGGCUGGGCAGCACGGAGUCGGGCCAGCCAUACCUGCCCGAGCAUGAUCUGCUCAUUGAUAUCGACGCGGAUCUCGACGUAGAGGACAUUGGUCUUAUCAACCACAUUCGUCACUUAAUGGACUACAUGAUGUUCUGCUACGACGGGCAGGAGCAGCCCACUGCCGAGGAUACAUUCAAGCCGCAAGUACCGCAGCUCAUACGCAAGGAUCUGCUGGCCCUUCUAACGAAACGCCGUCGCCAUCGUGAACCAGAAUACGUGUCCCGUACUUGGGAGUGGCGCUCCGUCGCCGAAUCAGAGCUUCUGGAGAUCUCAGUACCGGACAUGAUGCAGUGCGCAGUACUCUACCCACUGCUAGCCCCGCAGGAACUACUGCCCGUCACCAGGGACCAUCUACUGCAACUCAAGAAGGAUACUGAAGAACUUAAGUUGCUUGUUUCCAGGACUCCGAGUGCUUCAAGCGUGGAGUUGACCUGCAAGCUAUGCAACACCAAAGCGAUGUCGCUGCACUCAAUGCGCAUACAUUUAUACUCGAACUCUCAUCGCGAUAAGGAAGAAGAUUUCCAAGGACUUCAGUCGUAAUUAUUACAUUUUUUUUUGUUAUUAUUUUACUACUAUUUUUUUGUAUUAUUUAGUUUUAAGUUUA